AUGCCGGUUAAAUAUUCUCUUAUUUUUGGAGGUUCUUCACAUGGGGAGAUCAUAUUGAUGCAAGUGAAAAAUCUGAGGGACGAGGCUUUUCAUCGUCUAGCUGGAGAGAAAUUCUCAACACAGGAGACUUGGGUGUUAAUAAGAGAAGAUUAUACUCAAAACAAUUGGGCAAGAGGUAUAUGGUUUUCGCAGGCUACUCCUAAGUUUGCUUUAAUGGCUUGGUUAGCUAUGCUGAAUAGACUAACGACAAUGGACAGAGUUGCAAGAUGGAGUCAAGGCGUGGAUGUUACCUGUGUUCUCUGCAAGAACGCUGGAGAAUCCCGUAAUCAUUUGUUCUUUGAGUGUACCUACUCCUCUCAGUUAUGGGAACAUCUUAUGAAGGGGAUUCUGAGAGAUGCUUAUACUAAGGACUGGUCAGAAGUUGUGGUGAUUCUAGCAAGGUCUGAUAGUGACAAGAAGAGAUCAUUCUGUACAAGAUGUGCUUUCCAAGCCAUUGUACACACGAUAUGGAGGGAAAGAAACAAGAUAAGACAUGGGGAAAAAACUUUACCUAUGGAAGUGGUGAAGAAGCUUAUUGAUAAAGGAGUUAGAAACAAGCUAGGCUUAAUGAGAUUAAAAGGAGGGAAGAGAAUGGAGAAUGCUCUUCAAUAUUGGUUUAGUACAAGAGUGUGA